AUGGAAAAGACGCAAGCUUCUGGACUUAGAGUGUUGAGAGUGCAAGAAAAUGCAGUGGUGGCAGAGGCUAUAACAAAUACUGUGUGGUCUCUCCCGCACCCAAGGUCCUCUGCCACAUGGAAGACGCUGAGACCUAGAGCGGUGAUCAAGGAGUGGGUGGAUGUUGUAUGGUUCAAAGGAGGAAUUCUAAAACAUCAGUUCACCAUGUGGAUUGCGAACUAUGAUAGACUGCCGACGAGAUCGAGACUAGCAGCUUGGGGACUUCAAAUAUCUCAUCUCUGCCCAUUCUGUUCAAACCAUGAAGAAACAAGGGAUCAUAUGCUUCUGUCAUGCGAGUACAACAUAGAGGUUUGGAAGGAAAUCCUCCAUAGAUGCAGGCCUCCCUCCACAAAUGUUCACAUCCUGGGCGGAGUUACUUUCUUGGAUCAGAUCAUCAAGUUCGAAGCGACUGACGUUCUUGAGGAAAUUAGCAGUACAGGUGUUGGUGUUCCAUCUCUGGAAACAAAGAAAUAA